GUAAGAAACUACGUUAGGGACUGAAGGCAAUUUGCACUAAUUGGACGUAGAAUUUGGGAGUUUUGCAGCAGUGCAAGUUACACGUGCCGGCUGAUCAAUACGCCAGUCGGGACGGCGACCGGCUGUCGGCGGCAUGGCGUGUCGCCCCUAAACACAGCUGAUUCCACCUAUCCCCCUCAUUCAGUUCGUUCACCCUUCGCCCCGCGCCUCCAGUACCCUCCCAAACUUUCGAUUUCGUUGGAAACAAACCUCUACUUACACGACUACCUCCAAUAUUGCUAUUAAUUUCCUGGCAAUCUGAAUGCCUUUUUCAUGCUAUUGGGAUUAUAUAAAAAAUAUAACUAAUCGCGAUGGCUAUGAUUUCAAAUUAAUUACGCGGAACAUAACAUUACAAUUUUAAGGAAAAAUGUAUUCGCGUAAGAAUGUUGGGCCUUCAAAGGAUAACAACAUCAGAUCGGAUGCUGAAGUUCAGGAUGGGUACACCGUACAACAACAAGAGCAGUAUACAAAAUACUUGCGAAAAUUAAAAAAUGACUUUGAAGAAACUUGGUGCAAAAAGAAAAAAUAUACCUUUGAUUUCAAGGAAUUCGAUCGCGUUAAAACUCUUGGUACUGGCGCUUUUGGAAGAGUAGUACUAUUGAAGCAUUUGAAAAGUUAUAAGCUGUAUGCAAUGAAAGUGUUAGAAAAAGAAAAGAUAGUAAAGAUGAAACAGGUGGAACAUACGUUAUACGAAAAGCGCAUCCUAGAGGCUAUCAGGUUCCCUUUUACAGUCUAUAUGGAAUUGAGCUUCAAGGAUAACAGCUAUGUGUAUUUUAUUAUGCCAUUCGUACCAGGCGGUGAAAUGUUUACCCAUCUUCGUCGAUUGGGCAAGUUUGAGGAACCAUUAGCGAAAUUCUACGCUAGCCAAGUAAUUUUGGCCUUGGAAUAUCUGCAUUUCUGCAACCUAGUUUACCGUGACCUCAAACCUGAAAACAUUUUGAUCGACAAAAAUGGUUUCUUGAAAAUAACCGAUUUUGGAUUUUGUAAAUUAUUGCAAGGACGAACAUGGACCUUAUGUGGUACUCCUGAAUAUUUAGCUCCAGAGUUAAUUUUGAGCAAAGGUUAUGGAUUCUCUGUGGACUGGUGGUCGUUUGGUGUAUUAUUAUUCGAAAUGAACGCUGGUUACCCUCCCUUUUACGCGAACGAACCGAUGAAGACUUAUGAAAAAAUCGUUGCUGGCAAAUACCGAUGCCCGUCAGGUUUCAAUAGCGACCUUAGGGAUCUUAUCAGAAACAUUCUGCAAGUUGACAUCACCCACCGUUAUGGCGUGAUGAAAAACGGAGUGAUGGACUAUAAAAAUCAUAGAUGGUUUAAGGGUCUCGAGUGGGAAUCGAUUCUUAAUUGUAGAACGCAACCUCCAUAUGUGCCAAAAUAUCGUGGUCCAGACGAUACCACUAACUUUGAACGAUACGAGGACGAGCCCAUGAAGACUUCCCCAAUAUGUCUGUACGAGUCGGAGUUUUUUGACUUUUAGUAUUUAUAAUA